GUCCGUCCGUCUGUCUGUCAUCGCGAGGAUGAGGAUGAUGCCGUUCAGCAGACGCAGGACUCACGAGCACGCUUGUGCCAGCUAAACGUCGGAUCACUUUUAAUCGAGCGUGGCAUUGUGGGAUACAGGCAGCGAUUGUACGCUGGCCAAGAUAACGGAGGAUUGAAAUCUCGUCCUUCUCGCGAAACCUCUUUGAUCUUUUUUAAAGAUGUCGUCAUCCUAUAUGUUGACGGGUCGGUUCUUUGAAGGGCAGAGAUGUGGAGGUGAAGGAGCACGUUCAUUCUCUUCAUUAUAACGCCUCGUCUGUUGGAUACUAAUAUAAGCCGCGCUAAUGGAAAAUACGGGGUCACAGGUGGUCUCGCUGGAGCGGCAGGUGGAGAGUGUGGAGAGGAGUAUUGUGUUCCUUAGACAGGAGCAGCUGUCUCUGCUGCAUGGACUACAUCUGGAGAUCCUGUCCCUCCAGAAACGCUGUACAGAACUUACACAGGAACUCAACAUGAAGCCCCCAGGCAGGAGUGAAGCAGAGGUGAAAGAGGAAGAGGAGCAGCUGGAAGCUCGUUGUGGGGAGGUGGAGGAGCAUCUGCAGGAGCAACAACAGAUCCAGAGUGAUCUGCGAUGGGAGCUGAGUCAGAAGUCGGUCCUGGUGGGUGCUCUCCGCGCCAGUCUGAAGGAAAAGGAGCGCCAUUUCCUGGAGGAAUUAAAACACCGCAGCCACAGGACCACUGCGCUCAACACCGAGCUGCAGAAGCAGACGGAGGCGGCUGCGUACCUGUCCUUCCAGCUGCAUUCAGCCAAGCAGAAACUCCAGGAGCAGAAGCUGCAGCAACACAGGAGGCUGGCCCAGCCCUGUGCGGACAAGCCUCCCAUCCACCCUUCGCCUCAGGCCAGUGCCAGCAGCCCAACCACCAUCAAACCUAAACGAAGGAGCUCGAGCCGGCUCUCCUCGAAUCUCUGCACCGAACGCGCCAGGGAGUGUGUGCCACGCGAGAGGGUGACAGGCCCCGAGGAGCCGAUGGCCAUGCCUGACCCCGCCCUCUUCCUCUACCCCUACAGACACAGAUCCCGGCUCCGCCCACCACACAGACACGCCCUGCAAGAAGCAGAGGGGGAGGAGUCAGAGGAGCUCGAUCAGGGAGCUUCAGUAAGCAAACUGGCAACAACAGUAGCUAAAGCCACUGCGACUACUGCAUCCACCACAGAGAACAACGCUAAAUGAGUGUUUCUUUUACAGUUCGACCUGCUUGUUUUUAUGAUAUCUAAACCUAGAUCUAGCCCCUUGGGAGAACCUUUCCAUUAUGACAGUGACAGAAAUGUUUAUAUUUGCAAUACGGUUAGCUUUUUUUACAGUUUGCACAUGCAGUGAUUAUUAGACCGAGGAGAGAUUUUUGCUUACGUUCUUGUUGAACCAAAAUCGACUCGUGAUUAUGUUGCUGUAAGGCAUUUUUGUAAUCAAAAAUGACCCUGAGGGCCUCACUACACGAACAUGAAGUGCUUCAUAAGGCCUGUUUUAUGCAUCCUGCAUCUGCAGUGUGUAGUUUUUUCACUGGCUAUAUUAACAGGUUAUAGCAUUUACACUGACAUUUGUGCUGUCCUUACAUUAACUGCUGUUCUUUUCAUAUUAUACUACGUCUGUCGUCGCUGAUUAAGUUGCAGACAGGUAUAGAUAGGUAGAUAUUUAAUGUAGCAAUGAAAUGAAAGCAGCAACUGAUAUUUUCUUCUGUAUUGUGAUGUACCCCCAUGCAAGUGUAACAGCUUAUCGAAAUAGAAUGAAAUGCAGAGCGGGGACUUGGUUCUAGCCAUCGGCUGUUGAUGGGAUUUUGGGAUGUGACCAUUGCGCUCAAAAUAAAUGCUAACUUGCAGUCAGUCUUGGAGGGGUGGAAUUUAAGUGGACUAAAUGAUUGGUGAAAUCCUGUAUUAGUCACCAGAGAGAAGCCUGUCGUUUUCACUGGAAGAAAAUGGCACAAUUAAAAAAAAAUCGCGUUUUUUUACCAAAAAACAGGAUGAAUUUUCAUAUCAUACUGAAUUUAACGUAUACUUAUUCUUCUUAAUAUCUCUUGGAUAUCUGUGCACCUAUUCACAGUUGGCAGGUUUAGGUGUGUGGGGUAGGUGUGUGUUAUAUGUAGGCCUAUGCCAAAAUGCGUAUUAUAUGCAUGCCAACAAAGUGCGUAUCAUGUGCACGCAAAAACUGUGAAUUAUAUGCACGUCAAACACGUGCGUUUCAUAUGCACGCCAAAGUCAGUUUCUGUGAAUAAAUAGCACGUAAAAUAAAAAAAAUUGUGCUAUUGAUAGGCAUUUUCAGUGCAAUAUCGCGUAUUCUUUGCCUUUUCUCUUUAUUCUGCUCUCGCAAUAACAACUGAGCUAUUUUAUUAAUUAGUAUCAAUCAAUAUCACAUUAUCUAUCAAAGUAUUUGACCGUCUUAUACAGAAAUCUCUAAGUUUUCUUCUUAAAGAGAGCGCUGUAAACGUUUACAUUGACUUAAUUUCAGCUUCCGUUAAUCGUGGAUUGUGAAGAAAGGAAAUGCAAGAAAGGCUAGAAUGCAUGUUGAAUGAUCCCGACGUUUUAAAUUCGGUAAAUGACAGAGAUGUUUUAGUUAGUAAUAAAGUGCAGAUUUGCAUUUUGCGUGUAUAAGUACGAUCGGAACCCUGAUCACACCAUGCAUUUGAAAGUAAAUGCAGUUCAGUUAAGAACCGAAUAUGAACCACAUUCAUGCCAGAUCCCACAGCACAAAACACGUUUAAAAUGCAGGAUCAAUCUAUUUAUUUAUUUAUUAGCAUUAUAGUCAUUGAUUAUUUUUUUUUAAGCCUAUAAAAGAUGUCUGUCAUUGUGUAUGUUCAGUAAAUCUGAAUCAGAAAUUCUAAAUUUCAAAGGUGUUUGGCUUUCAUGCAAAUUGCCAUUUGGAUGCAAAUGCAGUCACCUCUUCAUUUAAAGUAAUAAUUCCUAAUUGCACACUUCCAAUAACCAUUUUAAACAUUUUAGCCUUUAUUAAAAAGAAAAUGCAAUGUAAUAACCCAGAAAUCACUUUAUUUAGAGCCGCCGAAGCACUGUCAGUGUGAAAGCGUGACCCUGCUGUUUACUUGCUGCAUACGCAGGAUGUGCGAAACAGGCUGAAGUCAGUGUCCUUGUGAACUUGUUACUGCUGAGUCUUUGUUCAGCUGGGGUUUUUUUCAUCCUUAUGCCCUUGUUGUGGAAUAGCUCAUCUCAGAUAUUUCUGAAUGAUCAGGUUGUCUGUCUGGUGUCACCACAAGUGCACUCUCUCAACCCUUCAGAUGCGAUGGGGAUUUUAUCCCCUAAAUACUGCUUCAGUCAGACAGAUAAAUCCUGUGUGAAUGAGAUCUAUACAGCCUGAAUCAUUUGCUUAAGUGCUUCUGGUAUAUAGUGUGUUUAUAUGUGGGCUUGUUGAUUAGAAGAGAGUGCGGGCUCUAGGGUCAACGCACCAUUGUUCUGCCAUCAUUAAAUGAGCCAGUGAUGCCCAAAGGACUGAUUAGCUUAUGCUGCUUUUGCUGUAAUGUUUUAGUCUGAUGUUGCAGAUAACAUGUUUGCAUUUGUGUCAUUAGAAUCACAAUGCUGUUUGUUUUAUAAUUCUAUGUGGGCAGGUAUAUGUGCAUAUACCAGGAGGUUUAAUGAUUAAUAGCAAUGUGAUACAUAUUGCAAACAUAUUAAGUGUUUGUAUAGCGAAAGCUUGUAAAUUCAUAAUAUGCAAGAUUAGAUGUGGUGUAGUAUAAACUGAGGCAUAACUCCUGCUCUUAGAUGUAUAACUAAGAGAGGGUCAGUCCAUGGAAAUGGACUGGAUGAGAGUGACAGGCAACUUUCUUGACAACUAACAGACACUAAUAAGUUUAAAGGAAUAGUUCUCUCAAAAAUGAAAAUUUGCUGAUAUUGUUCCCACCCUC